CAUUUUGCUGUGGUGUGGCAAAAGUUUUGGCUUUCAGUUUCCUGCCAAAUGGGUUUCUCAAUCCAGCGAUGGAUGUUGGACUACGUGACUCCACCAUGCAAAAUAAUCCAUGUAUACUAUGCUGAAUUCAUUCGUGGCCUUAUUACGAUCUCCAUGUUCGCCUUUAUGAACACAAAGCAGGUUGGCAUUUUUGCCUUAGUCUUAUGUUCUCUUCAAUAUUUUUGUUUAGGGUGUCACAAUCGUUUGUACAACAGGUUAGGGGACUUCACUGGGGAGACGGCCGUUUUGUACUACAAUAACGGCCCGACGGGUGCGGUCCUGGUUGGAAAUUCCCAACAGUAUCACUAUCGUACAAAACGACCUUCCACAAUUUAUUGCAUCUACGUGCUAGAACUGCUCACAUAUUUCUACUUAUCCGCAUAUUUCCCAGUUGAUCCCCAGAACAUCCGAAGCGAUCCAAAUAGAUGGCAGAAUUUUUUACUCACCACAUAUGCGUGGAUAUUAGUGCAUACGCUGGAUGGGUAA